AUGAGAGAUUAGAUUUUUUUGGUUAAGAUUUUUGCUUUCUUAAUCAGUUUCUUAUUGAUUGGGUCAUUUUAUAUUGUUUAGAAAAAUGUAAUAAUAGGAAUAUACGAAAACUCCUCUACAACUGUUCUACAAAAUCAAGACAGAGCAGCGCUUAAGCUCUUUCUUCCGUAACUGAAUCAAUAUCUCAUAUCUAAGUAGCAUUAACGAAUUCAACUUCUAACAAGCUUAGGAACACUUUAUUAAUAAUUAGGCAAUUAUCAUAUCUCAGAAUAAUACAAAGAUCCACUUUGGUGUUAAACUUUAUAAUAAAAGAGUUUUAUAUUUUAGAUUCCAGAACCUUGUAUAUCUUGCUAUCGUUGUAAAGAUGGCAAUAAAUUACUAUCAAUUCAAAAAUAUUAAGAUUUAUGGAAAUUCUCCAGAUUAUUAUCUGAGCAUAUUCUGUUAUUUGAUACAUUACAACAUAAUAGAAUCUUUUAUGCAGCAACUGGAGACAUUUAACUUGGAUUUAUUUAUCCUUAAGUCAUAUACGAUUAGUCAUUCGCACCUUAAUAGAAGGAUUGGUAUUUAAACCAUGUUGAGAAGUACUAAUUGGAUAAAAGUUAGAAAUUUCACUUCUCAUAACUCUACUUUUCGGGCACUGAAUUUAUCUACAAAUAAACCAUAACUUAUUCUUUAGAAAAUUAAUACACUUAAAGUUUAGAUGCAGUUGCAGGUACUGAUAUAGAUGCCGAGGAUCCAGAUAUGAGAUUGGUUUAAGCAAACACCUAUUUAAUUAAUGCAAAAGGUCAGAUCAUUUAUAGAAAUGUAAAUUUGAAUCUCUCCGUCACUGAACUUAAUUUUAUUUAUGAAGAGAACAAAACAGGAUUCAAUCAAUCUGAUUGGGGUGAGAUUUUAAAUUUUGCUAAAAAUUCUCCAAGCAUUUCGAAUUGCUUAGAGGAUGAAAAAUAAAUUUUAUGUAGAUAUAAUUCCAUUUAUUAGAAACCCAUAAAAAUUGUAGCCAAUCAGAUUCCUGGCAAUUUCACAUUGAUGAUGUUUACUAAUGCGAGUUUUGAACACUUAUUGCAAGAAAAUUUCUUAUCAUUAGAGCUCAAUGUUUAAUAAGUAAAUGAACAAACUUUCUAUACGUAAAUAAUUACAUCUUGCUCUUUGAUUUCGAUUUCUAUGGUUAUUGUUAUUUUAAUGUUUCGCCCAAUCUUAAGAGUUAUGGUAGCCGCUAAAACAUAUAUUAAAAAAAUGGGCAAUAAUUUGGAUAAGGAAAUAUUUAAACUCAUGAAUCCAAAAAAAAAUGCAAAUGGUAUUUUCAAUAAUUUAGAGGUUUAAAUUGUAAAUUUCAGUGACAUCUUGUCAAGAAAUUAAUAAUAAAAAGGAAAAAUCUGUAAAUAAAUUGAAGACUAUCAAUAUUAAAACAAAAUAAUCUAACUAACUCAAAUUGAAUUAUUAUCUGAGUUUGACAAAAUCAAAUUAAACACUAAAUUAUCUAUUUCCACAAACUAUUUGCAAUUAAUGAUUUCUCAAUUAUUAAAAUAAUUUAACUAAAAUAAUCAUAGUGUCUAAAAAAAUUGA